AUGAAGGAAAAAUCCAAGAAAAAGUUAUCUUUAAAGGCUGCCGAAUCUGAUGUUAUGGAACUGAAGCAGAAGCAUGAGAAUGAUGUACAAUGUCGGGCCACUAAACUAGAAGUUUCCACUGCCCUCCUCCAGAGACAUCAGUUGGAAACUGAGUCUAUCAUGGACAAAGUGAAGGUUAUUACGGAAGCUGGACAAAACUAUGAGAGCCGUCACAUGGACUUUGUUUCUCGUCUUGACUAUUUUGAGAAUGAAAUGUAG